GUCGAACUUCCUCUCCUACACCACACUUUUUCCUUUUUUCCUUAAUCGUUUUCAUUCCUCAAUACCUAGUAGAUCAAUCUCCUCUCUCUUCACGCUUUAUUUUACGACAGAUCGGCCACGUAUAGAUCCAGGCUUUUACAUCUACAGAAUCAUAAAAUCAAAUUCCGAGCAAACCGAACACUUCGCAAAAAAGAAGUGAGAAUAAACAACACUCGAUACACACAUAGACAACAGCAAAUAAACCGCCACAAUGGUCCUCAUUACGCGAGCCAUCUCGCUCACCAACUUCCUGGUCGCUUCGUCGGCUCUCGGCUUCCAGGUCUUCGUCCUGUACCCAUGGCACGAGCAGCUGUCCCACGACUUUGAGGAGCUUAAGAAGGAACACAUCCGCGUCCUCGACUAUGUGAAGGGUGUCGACGCCGGCCUGAGAAAGGGACAAGGCGGCGCUCCCGCUGGUCAAUCUAUUCUGGAGAGACUGGGCUACAAAUGAGCGGGGUCAAUCGCCCUCUUUUGGUAGCCCUUGGACUUUUCCUUCUUUUUCUUUUGGGGUUCAAUAAGGGUCGGUCGGUUUGUCUAUCUGUCCAAGUUGUCUUUCAUUUCCACGAUUGCAUGCGAUACUCCCUGAGAGC